AUGGCUGUAGCCAACAUUAGCACGGCAGCUAACCCUUCGCAGCAGGCUUGCGUUCGUUCUUCUCAGCCUUGUUCUCCAUCUUUGUCAGAUAUUUUAGAUCCCGUUCCUCGCGAGACUCGGUCUUCAGCUCAGACUAACGGCGCUGUUGAGGAGGCCGGUUCUGAAGGGGUCAAAAACGAAUGGUGUAGGUUUUUAUAUACUGAUAAACAGCUUCGGGUGGUAUUGAAACAUUUUUGGUUCGAAUUCCACUCUACUUUAGCAAUCUAA